AUGUAUAACAAAGUACUAGAAAAAAAUAUUGUUCAUAUUGUAAAAUUAAGGAAUAGCUGCUUCAUUUAUUCUAGUAACAAAUUUUCCAUAAGUGCCUGUCAUCAAGCUCAAUCGUUAAAUUUACCUAGCUCUUUGAACAAACCCCAAAGUUCAAAUAUAAAUUGUUCUAAUAGAAGAUAUUUUGUGCCCAAAUUAUUGCAUUCAACUGCCUCAAGAUCUGCAUUAUCUGCUCAUUGCUGUGUUCUGAGCAGUAGUAGAGUCUGGCAUUUGCUGCAGAGAUUCGUAUCAACAGGCCGAUCAAGAGCAGGUUCAAGUGAUGGUGGCAGCAAUGAUGAAGGUGAUGAAGGCACAGCAACCAAUGGUGUCAGGUCAGACCAGCCACCCCUGACCAAAGAAGAGAAGCACCAGAAGCUUUACGCUGAGGGACCUUACCCACACAAUGUCACUGAAAGUAAGAGAAGCCAGGCCCGCUUCUCGUACCGGCCCUCAGUGACGCCCUCAGCCACAACUGUCAUCCUCUUCCCUGGCCAGGGCACUCAGUAUGUUGGCAUGGGGCGAGACCUGCUGGACGUGCCAGGUGUGCAGGACCUGUUCGCCGCAGCGUCCGCGGUGCUGGAGUUCGACCUGCUGGAGGCCUGCCUCAACGGCCCCGAUGUCUUCCUGUCCCGCACACAGGUCCAGCAGCCCGCCAUCCUCGUCUGCUCCCUCGCCGCUCUGUACAAGCUGCAGCAGGACGCCCCCGCGGUGGUCGAGGCCUGCAUUGCCUGCGCAGGCUUCAGCGUCGGGGAGAUCACUGCGCUCACCUUCGCAGGGGCGCUCAGCUUCGAGGACGCCGUGCGCCUGAUCAAGGUGCGGGCGGAGGCGAUGCAGGCGGCCUCUGAGGCGCAGGCGGGUGGCCUCCUCACCGUCUUCACAGGCCACGACAGCCUCCUGGGCCUCGCCUGUGAGGCCGCCAAGAACUUCUGCCUCCAGCGGGGGGUGGGGGGCGCCGAGUGCAGGGUUGCCAACUACCUGGCCCCCCAGUGCAGGGUGGUGGGGGGCAGCGAGGAGGUGCUGGGCAACCUGCCUUCUGCUGCAGGUGCUGGGCAGUCUGGCCCUGCAGGCGCCCAGCGUGACAUUAAGACCUGCCUUCUGCUGCAGGUGCUUGGUAGUCUGGCCCUGCAGGCGCCCAACGUGGCCGUCCACAGCAACAUCGACGGCCGCCCGUACCGCCACCCGCAGCAGCUCAAGAGGAACUUGCCGCGGCAGGUCUACUCCUCCGUCAAGUGGGAGCAGACCCUGCACGUGCUAUACGAGCGCCAGCCCCACCAGGAGUUCCCCGUGACCUACGAGUGCGGCCCGGGCCAGAGUCUGCGGGCCAUCCUCAAGAUGGUCAACAUGAAGGCCUGGGCCUCCUCCCACGCCGUCGAGGCCUAGCGCCUGCCAACUCGAAUCCUUGGCAAGACGAGUAUUUUUAUCUUCUGUUUGGUGGAGUUAUCUUGUCCUGGCAUUUUCCGCAUAGAUUUUACAUGAAGUCUUGCUCCACGAAAUUUAGUUUAUAGUCUUGAUGACCAAAGACAUUUAAUACAGUCGCCGACCUCGAGUGUAAACCGGACGUUAUGAAAUGGCAUUAUGAAGAAUGUGAGAACAUCACACGCACGUCCUGACCACAUCGUUCGUAUCACACGCACGUCCUGACCACAUCGUUCGUAUCACACGCCACGUCCUGACCACGUCGUUCGUAUCACACGCACGUCCUGACCACAUCGUUCGUAUCACACGCAUGUCCUGACCACGUCGUUCGUAUUGCACGCACGUC